AUCAGGAAAAAGAAAAGCAUGGUUCGAACCCACAUUUUCUAGUCCUUAAAUUCUUUUUCUCUCCACACAGAAAGAGAGGAUCAGUUAGUGAAUGUGGUGGCCGUCAAAGCUAAGCCUCCUGGCGAAGGAUCCGAUGCACUUAAACUCCCUCAAUCUCUCUCUUUAUAGCCUCAGUUAAAACCGUUUCCUCCUCUCUCUCCCUCUCUCGCGCACACAUACACCAAAAGUAUAGACAAAGAAGCUCUGCAGAAAUCACCAAAGAAACAAAAAAAAAGUAGUGAUUUGAUGAUUAUAUUCCAUUCCGUAUGUUGGAUAUCUAUAACAACGACCAUAUUUCUCUUCUAGCCUUCCCAUCUCUCUCUCUCUCUCUCUCUCUCUCUCUCUCUCUCUCUCUCUGUGUUCUUGCUUCUUCGUGUUGUAAUUCUAUCUGACACGUACGUACUCAGAAAUAUUCCACCAAACCUGCUUCUAAAGAAUGUCGAAUUCAGGGGUUUUUCUCAUCAAAGAAUCUAAAGAGGUUGUGGAAUUCAAAAUCUUGGCGACGCCCAGGCUGAUAUUUGAAGACGAGAGUCAUUCAGACGUGCCGGAGCUUCAUAAACGAGAAGAAGAAGACAAGAAGAAGAAAGAUGAUGAUGAACGUUGUUGCGAGGUUAAGACUCCGGAUGAGGAAUGCGAAAGGCCGUCUCUAGGAGAAGUGAAGGUGAUCGAGGAGGAAGACGAUGGGUUCAAAACUCCAACAUCUUUGGAUCACAAAAUCCCAGUGAUCAAACAGUGCCCACCUGCUCCGAAAAAACCCAAACCGCAAAUGAAAAGAAGAAUUGCUGCAUAUAAGGUACGCAGAAAUCUCAGGCUUGAAGUAUCCGAAGAGGUCGAAUCUCUUUUCCCUUUCCCUCUUCUCUCUGAUUCGAAGAGACGGAGGGGGCCUCACAAGAGCAAGAAACUCCCCGAGUCCCGCUUCUACCGCCUCCGUAGGAACCCCAAGAGCCAGAACUAG